AUUGUGAGAGCACCUCUUGAAAAGAAGAGUAUUUAUAGGAAACCUAAAAAUCCUGAAUUCAGAAUUUGUUUUUCCUCACUGGAAAGAAAACUAAACCAGAACUGUGUGAAUUUGUUGUUUUAUAAUUGGAAAGACUGAAGUGUGGAUUUGGGAGACCACUCACUUAGGGAAGUUGAUGUGGCAAAGGCUUUGGCAAGUCAAUAAAGCAGAAAUAGAUGUUUUUCUGGAAAUUUCUUGCUUUCUCGAUGAUCCAACGGGUGUUGGCAACUUGAUCUUUGGUUCCUCUGCCUCUUCUAAAUCCAGCUUGAAUAUCUGAAUAUAGAUAGUUGCUGGAAAGAACACUGACAACUUCAGUGCAAAAUGAAGUUCCUUCUGUUGCUUUCAGUCAUUGUGUUCUGCUGGGCUCAGUAUGCCCCACACACCAAAUCUGGACGGACAUCUAUUGUCCAUCUGUUUGAGUGGCGCUGGGUCGAUAUUGCUCUUGAAUGUGAGCGAUACUUAGCCCCCAAAGGAUUUGGAGGGGUUCAGAUCUCCCCACCCAAUGAAAACGUUGUGAUUACUGACCCUUCAAGACCUUGGUGGGAAAGAUACCAACCAGUUAGCUACAAGUUAUGUACAAGAUCAGGAAAUGAAAGUGAAUUCAAAGACAUGGUGACUAGAUGUAACAAUGUUGGUGUCCGCAUUUAUGUGGAUGCUGUAAUUAAUCAUAUGACUGGAAGUGGUGUGAGUGCGGGAACGAGCAGUACUUGUGGAAGUUACUUCAACCCUGGGACUAGGGAUUUCCCAGCAGUCCCAUACUCUGGUUGGGAUUUUAAUGAUGGAAAAUGUAAAACUGGAAAUGGAGAAAUUAAGAGCUAUAAUGUUGCUUAUCAGGUCAGAGACUGUCGUCUGGUUGGUCUUCUUGAUCUUGCAUUGGCGAAAGAUUAUGUGCGCUCCACAAUUGCUGAAUAUCUAAACCGUCUCAUUGACAUUGGUGUAGCAGGUUUCCGAAUUGAUGCUUCUAAGCACAUGUGGCCUGGAGACAUAAAGGCAAUUUUGGAUAAGCUGCAUAAUCUAAACACAAGCUGGUUCCCUGAAGGAAGUAGACCUUUCAUUUACCAGGAGGUAAUUGAUCUGGGUGGUGAGACAAUUGCAAGCAGUGAGUACUUUGGAAAUGGCCAUGUGACAGAAUUCAAGUAUGGUGCAAAACUAGGCACAGUUCUGCGCAAGUGGAGUGGAGAGAAAAUGGCUUACUUAAAGAACUGGGGAGAAGGCUGGGGUUUCAUGCCUUCUGACAGGGCACUUGUCUUUGUUGAUAACCAUGACAAUCAGCGAGGGCAUGGAGCUGGGGGAGCAUCUAUUCUUACAUUCUGGGAUGCUAGACUGUACAAAAUGGGCGUUGGAUUUAUGCUCGCUCAUCCCUAUGGAUUUACACGAGUGAUGUCAAGCUACCAUUGGACAAGACAUUUUGAGAAUGGAAAAGAUGUUAAUGAUUGGAUUGGGCCACCAAAUAAUAAUGGAGUAAUUAAAGAAGUUACUAUUAAUCCGGAUACUACUUGUGGCAAUGGCUGGGUCUGUGAACAUCGAUGGCGUCAAAUAAGGAACAUGGUUAUAUUCCGUAAUGUGGUUGAUGGCCAACCUUUUACAAACUGGUGGGAUAAUGGUAGUAACCAAGUAGCUUUUGGAAGAGGAAACAAAGGAUUCAUUGUUUUCAACAAUGAUGACUGGGCAUUAUCUGCAACUUUGCAAACUGGUCUUCCUUCUGGUACAUAUUGUGAUGUUAUUUCUGGAGAUAAAAUUGGUGACAAUUGUACAGGAAUUCAAAUCAAUGUUUCUUGUGAUGGUAAUGCUUAUUUUUCUAUUAGUAACUCCGCUGAGGAUCCAUUUAUUGCAAUUCAUACUGAAUCUAAAUUAUAAAAUGUAAAUUAAAUAUAUAUAUAUAUAUCCAGAGAAAUAAAGUUUAUUUUAUUAUAUAUGUAAUAUAUAACUUCAUAAUUCAUUAAUUUUGGUAAAAGCUAUAAUAAGUAAUCAGCUUGAACAACUCAGAAAAGCAUAAAAAAUUAUAAUUAUUAGACAGUCAACAUUUUGUUUCAUUUUGAAGAUUCUCAUUAUGUUAUUUGUCAAAAGAAUUUCUAAGAACUCAGAAAGGCAUGUUGAAAAAUAUGUUUGUUGCCAUUAACACCAUUUGCCCAGCUAUGUAUCUCUAAUCCACAUCUGUAUUUCUUACAUAAAAUGUUUCUAACAGAAGCACAGCAUAGCUGAUUUAAUGAUGAUUCCUAUACAGUCAUACAAGUAUAACACGGGUAUUUUUCACAAUGUAAAGACCCUUUCAUGAUUAAGAAGUUAAAAAAUAAAAGAAACAAAUUAUGUAGUCUAUAAUUCUUAAUUCUCUUGAGCUCACAGGUAUCUUCUCCUACUUUAUAUUCUUUCUUCUUUUUCUUUCUCUUUCCAAUAGCUUUAACAUGAUGAUGUUGUAUGGCUUUUGUUCCAUCUCCUAACCCCUAAUAUGGAUGUAUGUUUAGGUAGGGCUCUCAUGGCACCCUAUACUCAGAUUUUCUUCCUGAUAUUUCAGCUAUUUAUUCUCCUUCACUUUGAUUAUAAAUUUGAAAUUUAUUAAGUCUCUCAUCUAGGUAUUCUUAUAACUCUCAGUUGUUUUAUUUUCAUGAUUAAAUAAGAAAAUAAAAGCCAUAUCUUGGAAACUCUCUUUUAACCCAUAAAUCUUGUAUCUAUACUUGCCCCUAUCAUUUUCUUCUCUCAUCCUAUCAUAAUGAGCAUAGAGCACUUCAUUUUACCAAAGUCCAUGCCCUCCAUUUUCACCUUUUUGAGGACUUUAUUUCUUAGAUUAUCCCUUUUUUUCUGACUUAACAAUCUUUCUUUUUUUUUUUCUGAAAAAUCAGUCCCCUCUCUCAGCUAGAUAAAACACAUGGCCCUCAAUUUUUCUCUUCCUUGUCAAACUCCUGUUUUCAUGACACAGUCUCAACAUCCUCAACACCAGUCAUUUUUCAUCUCCUUACUCCAGUUUCCAUCAUUACUUCAUUUAAUCUGCUCUUGUCAGCAUAAUCAAAAAUAUUUUUGUUACUAAUACUAUGUAUUCCUUUAUCCUCAUCUUGCUCUGUCUCACUACAUUAUUCAAUAUGGAGAGACACUCUCACUUCCACUCUUCCUUUGGUCUCUAUGAUUCUACUCUCUCCUUAUUUUCCUUCUCUCUUACUGAUUGCUCUUUUUCAGGUUUGUUUGUUUGUUUGUUUUAAUUGGAUUAGCUUCUGUUUCACCUAAGAACUCAGUUGGAUCUAAUUAUCUGUCUCUCUAACCUCUCUCAAAGUGAUUGCAAUCAUUUCCAUGGAUUUAAAACACAUUGGCAUAGAGACCUGAAUCUGCCAACCAGAUCUCUUCUUCACCUUUACAUUUACAACAGAUGCUUCACAUCUCUACUUCAGAUUUCACAGAUAUCUCAUACCUGACAUAUCCAGAAUGAGACCUUGAAUUUUGUCUUCAACAAACCUUUUGAUACUCCGUGCUGCUCUGUUUCACCACUUACUUAAAAACCUGGGAUAUUUCCUUGAUUUUUUUCCCCUUUCUCUUAACUUGCCCUAUUCACCCACAUAAACCUUAAAUCUACUAAUUUUUAUUCAAAAUAAUUCUUAAUUCCUUGCACUUCCUUUCCUGUAUCCUCUUCAUUUUUCUUGCCUGUGUUCCAAAACAAUUUGUAUCCUAUUUGUACUGUUUUACUUCCUCAACUGAUUUACUGCAUUCCCUGAUAGCUCAGUUGGUAAAGAAUCCACCUGCAAUGCAGGAGAUGCUGGUUCAGUUUCUGGAUUGGGAAGAUCCGCUGGAGAAGGGAUAGGCUACCCACUCCAGAUUCUUGGGCUUCCCUUGUGACUCAGCUGGUAAAGAAUCCACCUGCAUUGCAGGAGACCCGGGUUCAAUCCCUGGGUUGGAAAGAUCCCCUGGAGAAGGGAAAGGCUACCUACUCCAGUAUUCUGGCCUGAAGAAUUCCAUGGACUGUAUAGUCCAGGGGAUCACAAAGAUUUGCACAGGACUGAGUGACUUUCACUUUCAGAUUGAGUUCUUAAAAAAUAUGUACCCGACUCUGUUCUGAGACUGAGGAUUCAAUAAUGACCAAAAUAGAAUACUAUCUCAUAGUAUUAUGAUGAGUUGGUAAGAAGGAAAAUAUAGAAAGUCAUGACAAUAAGAGGGGAAUUUGACUAAUCCUGGAUAAACAUCUUUGUAGAAGUGGCCUUUGAUCUGAGAUUUGAAUGAUAAAUUUGUGUUAGUUAGGGAAAGAGGUGAGAAAAGAACCUUCCAAGUAGAAGAGGCAGAAUUUCCUAGCUGGGUGAAGGAUCUGGGUGAGUUUGAGUAACUAAAGAUUAGAGAGGAGAGUCUGGGAGAAGAGGCUUCAGAUGCAGACAAGUGUAACCAUCCUGUGAAGAAUUUUGGCCUUUUAUCCUAAGAUAAGUGAUAAUCCACUGCUGGAUUUUGGAAAGGUGGUAGUGCUGGUGGUGGUUUUCUAAUUUGAAAACAUCACUCUGGAUGCAUAUAGAGAAUUGAAUGAUUAGAGAAAGGGCUAAAGUAGAUGCUAAUAUUGCAAUGAGCCCCUCCAUAAUCAAAAGAAUAGGAAGUUAUGUUAGUCAGGUAUUCUAAUAGUAACAAUUUCAGUAGAUAUCUUUCAUGUUUUAUUUUCCUGGACAAGAUCUUUAAACUCUAGACAAAUAUCUUUCCUGUCAAAUACUGUUAUCCAAUAACAGAAAGCCUUUCAAAUAUCCUUUUUGACAUUUGCAACCUUAAAUUCAUAAUGUUCAUCUUCCUUUCCCUUCCCUGGGGGGCUAUAGACCUUAUUAUCAUGGUUUACUCGAUUUCUCUCUUAAAAGGGUCCUCUGGAUACAAUUUUAUAUAAAAGAAAGCAGGUGAUUCUGAUAUGUUACAAAACUGCUAUGAGUUGUUCCCAGGCCCUGGCUUGUGAUUAGUAUCCUUGC